AUGGCUGAAGAAGGAGUAGACAUGACGGAGGAAACCGAGUUCAUGAUCGACAGACAUGUGCAGGGGAGAGACGCGGGCAACGUGGCGGGUUCCUGCAGCGACGCCAAGGAGAUGCGAGCGGUGGUCCUGGCGGGGUUCGGGGGUCUCAACAAACUCAGGGUGAGCAGGAAGCCGAUGCCCGAGCCUCAGGAGGGCGAAGUGAAGAUCCGCGUCAAAGCAUGUGGCUUGAAUUUCCUGGAUCUGGUCGUUCGUCAGGGGACAAUAGAUAAUCCCCCCAAACCUCCUCUGGUCCCUGGGUUCGAAUGCUGUGGAAUCGUGGAGUUGGUGGGUGAAAACACAAAGGGAUAUGAGAUCGGCGACAGGGUCAUGGCCUUGGUGAACUACAACGCCUGGGCGGAGGUGGUGUGCACACCGGUGGACUUUGUCUACAAGAUGCCAGACGACAUGAGUUUUGCUGAGGCGGCAGCGUUUGCAUUGAACUUCGUGGCCGCCUACAUGAUGCUCUUUGAGGUCGCCAACCUGCGGGAGGGGAUGUCAGUGCUGGUGCACUCAGCAGGAGGUGGUGUAGGUCAAGCUGUGGCUCAGCUGUGCUCCACCAUUCCCAACGUCACCGUGUUCGGGAUCGCAUCGUGUUCCAAACACGCGGCCAUCCGAGACUCCGUGACUCACCUGUUCGACAGAAACGCUGAUUACGUGCAGGAGGUCAAAAAAAUUUCUCCGGAGGGAGUGGACAUCUUGUUGGACUGCCUAUGUGGAGAGAACACAGGGAAAGGCCUGAGUCUGCUGAAGCCACUGGGAACAUACAUCCUCUAUGGCGCGUCAAACAUGGUCACCGGGGAAACAAAGAGUUUCUUCAGCUUUGCAAAAUCGUGGUGGCAGGUGGAGAAGGUGAACCCAAUUAAACUGUACGAGGAGAACAAAGUCAUAGCUGGAUUCUCGCUCCUCAACCUCCUCUUCAAACAAGGCAGAUGUAGCCUCGUCAGAGCAGUGAUGGAGAAACUCCUGCGUCUCUACGAGCAGAAGAAGAUCAAGCCAGUCGUGGACUCCCUGUGGGCACUGGAGGAGGUAAAAGAAGCCAUGCAGAGAAUUCACGACAGAGGAAACAUUGGGAAACUCAUCCUGGAUGUGGAGAAGUCGCCCACUCCUCUGAUGGCUAGCGACAGCACAGAGACCAGUGAAGCAGGAGAGGAAGAAGAGGAGCCGGAGGGGGAUAACGACAGCAAGGAGCGCAUGCCCUUCAUCCAUUAG